UUUAUCAAUAAUUUGGUAUAGAGUAUUAAAAUUAUAUUUUUUAUUAUUUAUUGUUAUCUCAUAACAUAUUAUCACGUUAAUUUUAUUAAAAAUGUCAAAAAAUAAAACAUUGUUAAUGGCAAAAAAUAAAUUUGAAACUAAGUCACAUAAUAUCACAGACGACUACGAAAUAUCUAAUAAUGUAUUAGGACUUGGUAUUAAUGGAAAAGUGGUAGAGUGUAUAAAUAAGAAAUCAAUGCAAAAACAUGCCUUGAAAGUUUUGCACGACAAUUCAAAAUCAAGACGAGAAAUAGAACUUCAUUGGCAAGCAUCGGGAUGUAAACACAUUGUGAAUAUUAUUGAUGUUUAUGAAAACUCAUAUAGUGGCAAUCGUUGUUUAUUGGUUGUAAUGGAAAAAUGUUCAGGAGGAGAGCUCUUUCAGAGAAUACAGGAUAGACAAGAUGGAGCCUUUACUGAACGAGAAGCUGCACAAAUAAUGCAUGAAAUUUGUCUGGCUGUCAAAUUUUUACAUGAUAUGAAUAUUGCACAUCGCGAUCUGAAACCUGAAAAUUUACUUCUGGUUUCAAAUGAUCCUAAUUCAAUUUUAAAAUUGACAGAUUUUGGUUUUGCAAAAGAGACUUUUGAAAGUGUAAAGCAACUUCAAACACCAUGUUAUACACCUUAUUAUGUUGCACCUGAAGUACUUGGACCAGAAAAGUAUGACAAAAGCUGUGAUAUUUGGUCACUUGGUGUUAUUAUGUAUAUUUUAUUAUGUGGAUUUCCUCCAUUUUAUUCAAACCAUGGCCUAGCAAUCUCACCUGGAAUGAAAACGAGAAUUCGUACUGGACAGUAUGAUUUUCCAGACCCUGAGUGGAAAAAUGUAAGCGAUGCUGCUAAGAAAUUAAUUAAAGGUAUGUUGAAUGUGGAUCCAGCCAAGCGUCUAACAAUUGAUGAUGUAAUGAAAAAUUCGUGGAUAGCUCAAUAUACGAGCGUUCCGCAAACUCCUUUACAUACUGGUCGAAUGUUAAAGGAAGGUGAAGAGACAUGGCCUGAAGUACAAGAAGAGUUGACUCGUUCUUUGGCUACAAUGCGAGUGGAUUAUGAUCAAAUGCAUAUUAAAAAUUUAGACAAAUCUAACAAUCCAUUAUUAAACAAACGACGAAAGAAAGAACAAAAAUAAUUCAUAGUUCAUUUCGCAUAUUACUUUCGUAUAAUCUAUAAACAAAUUGUAUGUAACAUAAUUCUUAAUUGCAAGGAUGAGCUUUCCAUUUUUUUUUUCAUCAUCAUUUGGAACAUGAAUGGGGGGGGGGGUGGAGUAGGAAAUAAAAAAGUAAUAAAUAAAAAAAAUAAAUAUUAAAAAAAAAUAUAUUUAAAAAAUAUAUUAAAAAAAAUAUAUAUAAAAAAAUCUGUUAUACAAGAAGUUUUCAACUUCAAAAAUAGAUCAUUUAUAUUCGUCAAGUAAAAAAAAAUAUAAAAAAAAGCGAACUAAAAAGGAAUAAACAAGAGCCCUGUGGUAACAAAGUCGGAAAAAUUGCCAAGUAAAUAAAGUUACAAAAUUUUUGAGAACAAAAACUUGAAUAUAAAGGAUUUAU